GGGCGGGAGGCGGGGGGGCCGCGGCCCCGCUCCCCUGACAGCCCCCGCUCCCCUCCCUCGCUCCCCAGCCCGGCCUCCGGCUCGGCGCUCCCGGGAAGAUGUGGGUGAAGCUGUGCUGUUUGCUGCUCUACUUCCUGGCGCUCUUCGUGCUGGCCCGGGUGUUCGAGGCCGUGGCGUGGUACGAGAGCGGCUUCCUCGCCACGCAGCUGGUGGACCCGGUGGCGCUGAGCUUCAGGAAGCUGCGGACCAUCCUGGAGUGCCGCGGGCUGGGGCACUCGGGGCUGCCCGAGAAGAAGGAUGUGCGGGAGCUGGUGGAGAAGUCAGGAGACCUCAUGGAAGGAGAGCUUUAUUCAGCUCUCAAGGAGGAAGAGGCCUCUGAAUCAGUUUCCAGUACAAACUUCAGUGGUGAAAUGCACUUCUAUGAGCUUGUAGAAGAUACAAAAGAUGGGAUCUGGCUGGUACAGGUCAUAGCAAACGGCAGAAGCCCACUGGUGGGUAAAGUCCACUGGGAGAAAAUGGUGAAGAAAGUCUCGAGGUUCGGCAUACGUACUGGCACUUUUAACUGUUCCAGUGACCCCAGAUACUGCAAGAGGAGGGGUUGGCUGAAAUCCACCCUCAUUAUGUCGGUUCCACAAACCAGCACCUCCAAGGGAAAAGUCAUGCUUAAGGAAUACAGCGGGCGCAGGAUUGAAGUGGAGCACAUCUUCAAAUGGAUCACAGCCCAUGCUGCCUCUCGCAUCAAAACCAUCUACAGCUCCGAACAUUUGAAAGAAGAAUGGAACAAAAGUGACCAGUACCGGGUGAAAAUAUACCUGUUUGCCAACCUCGACCAGCCUCCGGCGUUCUUCUCUGCACUAAGCGUAAAGUUUACUGGAAGAGUAGAGUUUAUUUUUGUGAACGUGGAAAACUGGGACAAUAAAAGUUACAUGGCAGAAAUUGGUAUCUACAAGACACCAUCAUACAUACUUAGGACUCCUGAGGGGAUUUACCGGUAUGGAAAUAACACUGGUGAAUUUAUAUCACUACGUGCCAUGGAUUCCUUUUUGCGCUCGUUGCAACCAGAAGUUAACGAUUUAUUUGUUUUAAGUUUAGUUUUGGUUAAUCUGAUGGCUUGGAUGGACCUGUUUAUUACACAAGGCGCCACUAUAAAGCGUUUUGUGGUUCUUAUAAGCACUUUAGGGACGUAUAAUUCACUAUUAAUUAUUUCCUGGCUACCAGUGUUAGGUUUUUUGCAACUGCCCUACUUAGACAGCUUUUAUGAAUACAGUUUAAAACUCUUCAGGUACUCUAACACAACUACUUUGGCUUCUUGGGUGAGGGCAGAUUGGAUGUUCUACUCUUCACAUCCAGCCCUCUUCCUCAGCACAUACCUUGGCCAUGGUUUACUAAUUGAUUACUUUGAGAAGAAGCGAAGGCGUAAUAACAACACAGAUGAAGUAAAUGCUAAUAAUCUGGAGUGGCUGUCAAGUCUGUGGGACUGGUACACCAGCUAUCUGUUUCAUCCCAUUGCUUCUUUUCAACACUUCCCUUUUGACUCAGAUUGGGAUGAAGACCCGGAUUUGUUCUUAGAGAGGUUGGCCUUCCCCGAUCUCUGGCUUCACCCUCUGAUACCAACUGAUUAUAUAAAAAACUUACCCAUGUGGAGGUUUCAAUGCCUCGGCGCCCAUUCUGAUGAGGAAAUGCUGGAAAGCUUUGCAGACAGCGAAAGUGACUCUGACAGUGAAAACAAAGAGGUCUUCAGCAGCGACAGAGAAGUGUCGGAGGACGAUGAGCUGGGCACGUGUCACAGGUGCAGCGAUGGAGAGCAGCGGUGCGGUGCCGAGGCCUGCUCGUGUGCCAGCCACUAUUGUCACCACGAGCCCUGCGAACGCAAAGCCAGGUCCUACAGCUCCGCAGGUGACCUGGAGCCAGACUGGUCAGCCUGGCCCUCCGACAUGUUGCACUGUACGGAAUGUGUGGUGUGUCUAGAGAAUUUUGCAAAGGGCUGCCUGCUGAUGGGCUUGCCGUGCGGCCACGUGUUCCACCAGAAUUGCAUCGUGAAGUGGCUGGCGGGCGGGCGACACUGCUGCCCCGUCUGCAGGUGGGCGUCCUACAAAAAAAAGCAGCCAUACACACACCCGCAGCCUUUGUCGAGUGAGCCCCCGUCUUAGCUGUGUGCCCAUGUCCUUUGUAAGCUUUCAGGAUAUUACUGCUUGCCUUUUAAAUGUUAGUCACUUAAAAGAUUACGUGGUUUGAAGUUUUAGUUUAAAUGUUAGUGCAGUGAACUAAAAUAUACAUGAUGCUAACGUUAAUGACAGAAUCAUUUGGUUGCCUUGUAUGUUGAACUGAAUGCAAACUUACCAUACAAAUAACUUGCUCUCUUCAACAUCUGGAUACUUGAUGCUGUUUUUGUAAGCACAAAAAUCAAGCCUACAAGAGAAGUGUAUUCCAGCAAACGUUUACAAGUUAGGAUAUGGGUGAAAUUGAAAUUCUAAUCGGAGACAAUGGCUUAAUUUAAGUGUUUCUUAUUUUAGAGUCUGUUCUGCACAUCUUUGUUGAAUAAUGUAUGUUGUAAGACAGUACCAUUUAAAAAGAAAUCGGUGAAAUAAAUUAUUUUAAAAUGAGAUUUGUAAUGUUAAUUGUUUUGAUAAAUAUUUUGUGUGUAUGGUUACGGAUGUCUUGCUGGCCUGAUUUAUCUGUGAAGACAAUAAAAAUAUAACACAA